UUUUUCUCGGUCCAAAAGAAGAAGGUUAGCUGUGGUCUUAUGAAAGUCUUCCUCUCUGUGCCAGUGUAUUUGAGUUCAAGUAGUUCAGGCUGAUUGAAAAGGUAAAAACCCAACUAUGAUCACCCACACAGAUAUUCCUUCUUCUUCUUCCUCUCCUUCUCCGAUCCCUCGAUGGACGUACGACGUGUUCCUCAGUUUCAGGGGCGAAGAUACCCGAAAAACUUUUACAGACCAUCUCUACACCAGUCUUAAACAGAAAGGCAUAAUCACGUUCAGAGACGAUGAGGGACUUGAGAGAGGAAAAGCCAUUUCCCCAAAGCUGUUGAAAGCCAUUGAAGAAUCAAGAUUCGUCAUUGCCAUCUUUUCAAGUAAGUACGCUGAUUCAAGAUGGUGCUUGGAUGAGCUCGCAAAGGCUGUUGAUUGUAUGAACAUGUUGGGACAAACGAUACUCCCAGUCUUUUACCAUGUGGAUCCAUCUGAGGUGAGAAAACAAACAGGAAAAUUCGGCCAAGACUUGUGCAUGCAUCAACAACGCUUUAAAGACAAAAUAGAGCAGGUGAAUAGGUGGAGAGCUGCUCUUACGCAAGUCGCCAAUCUCUCUGGAUGGCAUUUGCAGGAUGGAUCAUAUGAAUCAAAAGUUAUUCAAGAGAUUGUAGGGCAUAUUUUCAACAAGUUGAACGAAACAAUCUCAAGUGGAUCCAUGGAUUUAGUUGGUAUCGAUUCUCGAAUAAAACAAAUCCUUUCAUACUUAGACUUGGAGUUGAAUGAAGUAUGUAUGAUAGGUAUUUCGGGAAUGGGGGGAAUCGGUAAGACAACUACUGCACAAGUAGUUUAUGAAAGGAUACGUGCUCAGUUUGAGGCUUACAGCUUUCUUGCAAAUGUUAGAGAGACAACUGAGAAACAGGGCCUAGUUCACUUACAAAAACAACUUCUUUCAGACAUUUUGCUGGAAAGUAAUGUAAAUAUACAGAAUAUUGAUAUGGGAGUUAAUAUAAUAAGCCAGAGACUACGAACUAAAAUGGUUCUUAUCAUUCUUGAUGAUGUGAAUGACUUGCAACAAAUGAAAGCAUUGUGUGGUCAUAGUUGGUUUGGUUCUGGGAGCAGGAUCAUAAUAACAUCAAGGGAUGAACAAUUGCUUCGCACAUAUGGAGUGGAAAGAAUAUACAAGGUCAAGGCAUUAAACGACCCGGAAGCUCUUCAGCUCUUUAGUUGGAAAGCAUUCAGGAAAGAUAAGGUUGGAGAAGAUUUUCUCGUGCUAUCAAAGAGUGUUUUAGAAUAUGCUAAUGGGCUUCCAUUAGCUAUUGAAGUUUUGGGUUCCUUACUCUUUGGUAAAAGUGUAAAAGUAUGGACAAGUGCAUUGGAUAGACUUAAAGUUAAUCCUGACAAAAGAAUAAUUGAUGUUCUUAAAGUAACUUUUGAUGCAUUAGAAGACACAGAAAAGGAAGUCUUUCUGGACAUUGCAUGUUUCUUUAAAGGGGAGGACAGAGAUCGUGUAACAAGAAUACUAGAAAGUAGUUGUGGCUACUCUCCAGACAUUGAUAUAGAAGUUCUCAUUGAUAAGUCGAUGGUAACUCUAUUUGGAAGACAAUUGUGGAUGCAUGACUUGAUACAAGAAUUGGGUUGGGAAAUUGUUCGUCGGGAAUGUCGUGAUGAGCCGUGCAAACGUAGCAGGUUGUGGCUUCCAAAAGAUAUCAUUCCUUUACUUGAACAUAAUCAGGGAACGAGUGCAGUGGAAUCUAUUUUGCUGAAUUUGCCAAAACAAAAGGAGGUUCACUUGAAUGUUGAUCCCUUCUCAAAGAUGUGCAAGUUAAGAUUGCUCAAAAUUAAUAAUGCACGCUUUUCUGGAGACAUCAAAUGGCUUUCUAAUGAGUUACAAGUUCUUGAAUGGCAUGUUUGUCCUUUAUAUUCUUUGCCAUCAAACUUUCAAUCAGAUAAGCUUGUUGAACUUAGCAUGCAUUCAAGCUGUAUCAAACAGCUAUGGAAGGGAAAUAAGCGGUUGAGCAUGCUAAAGUUUAUCGAUAUGAGUGAUUCUCAAUACUUGAUCAGGACCCCAAGCUUUGUUGAGGUUCCAAACAUUGAGACUUUGGUGCUUGAAGGCUGUACAAGAUUGGUUGAGGUUGACCCAUCCAUUGGAGUUCUCAAAAGACUUAAUUUGUUGAAUAUGAGAAAUUGCAAAUCCCUUAAGAGCCUUCCACCUAACAUUAGUUUGGAAUCCCUUACAAUCUUUAAUCUCUCUGGCUGCUCAAGCUUGAAGAAGUUUCCGGAAAUUGAAGGAAACAUGCAGAGCUUGUUGGAGCUUCAUCUAGAUGGGACUGCCAUAGAGGAAUUACCUGCAUCAAUUGAAAGUUUAACUGGUCUCACUUCGUUGAAUUUAGGAGACUGCACAAAUCUGUUCCGGCUUCCAAGUACCAUUCAAUUCUUGACAUCUCUGAAAAGUCUCAUUCUUACAGGUUGCUCAGAACUUGGAAACAUACCAGAGAAUCUGAAUUGUGUGGAAUGUUUGGAGGAUCUUGAUAUAAGUGGAACUGCUAUAAGAGAGUUAUCGUGCAUUGCAGAUAUGAAAAAUCUCAAGUCUCUUUGUUUCAGAGGAGGUAAAAAUCUACCUCCGAAAUCCUGGCAUUCACUGUUCAAUUGUUGGGGGAUGUUUGGAAGGAAAGAUGUUCCUGUGGGCUUGUUGCUGCCCGCUUCCUUAUCAGGUUUGAGUUCUUUGACAUAUCUAAACUUCAGUGAGUGCAAUCUGAUGGAUGGAGAUAUUCCAAAUGAUCUUGGGAGUUUAGUCUCUCUAAGAAAAUUGAUUUUAAGUGGUAAUAAGUUUUCUUGCUUACCGGAAAGCAUCUCUCAGCUCUCUAAGCUUCAAACUCUCGACUUGAACAAUUGUAGCCGGCUUCAAUCGCUGCCUAAGAAACUCCCAUUAAGUGUUCGAGCUGUGAAUGCAGAUGACUGUACAUCACUGAUGGAUUAUCCAGAUCAAUUCUUAGUAUGGACUUCAUCUGUGUCAGGAAUGACAACUAUGAGUUCAUUGAUUUCAUCCAAGCAUAAAAAAUAUUCCACUUCCUCACCAAGACAAAUCUCAUAUCAUUCCAGAACAUGGAUUCAGUCAACUGUCCUUGGACGUGGUUUCUUUAGUUUUAGCCAUCAACAAGAAUGUAAACCAGUUGAUGAUUUAUCAAUGCCAAAUCAAGUGCUUCAGAAAGACCUUGAAGCAUUGGAUUACAAGUCUUGUUCCCUGAUUUCCGGCUGUGAAGAAAAUGAAAUUCCAGAGUGGUUUAGCAAUAUAGAUACCGGCAGCUCCGUAGGAAUCUCGAUACCUGCAGGACUCAAAGAUGAUGAGCAAUGGAUGGGGGUUUCUGCUGUUUUCUUAAUCAAGGGACAUCCUCAUUUCUCCGACAUUGAAUCAGAAUCAGAAACACCUACUUACUUCUAUAAAUGCACGGUAGUAACUCAAGAAUGUCAAGUGGAACCUGUUCUCCUUGAAUGGAACCAUCUCAACUGCAUUCAAUAUAGUUCUCAGUUUCUUUGCUUUUUCUAUGUACCUUGCCAAUUCUUUCCCAAAAGGUUAAAUGAAUCAAGUGUAAUGUGGGCUGUCUUUGAGACCAAUAACCCAUGCAUGGAGGUCCAGAAAUGUGGGAUUCGUCUACUGUUCAAGCAAGGUGUUGCAGGGUUUAUCCAGACAUUCAUGCCUCCCACUCUUGGUAUUGGAGGUCGUACGCAUGAUCUUGACCCUCUGCUUGCAAUAAAUGCCAGCCGAAUCGUCCCCCCUGACGACUGCAUCAAUCUGAUUGAAGUUGACAAAGCUACAAUUGAUUCAGGAUGGUUUAAUCUAGUAGUGGAUCGCACUUUGAGAUGGGAGAAAUUACUUCCAACUUAUGAAGAAGGCUCCAAACUGCCUAGAAUUAGGAACAUGGAGUCAUUUCUAUCAAGAUUCCUUGAGGGACUAAACCAUAAGGCUCAACCCUAUGAUUUUCUUGUAAGUGGAAGCCCAGCGUGGUUCAAGACUGAAGUUGGGUCCACGGUGUCAAUCCAGUUGCCCCCUCAUGAGAAUCUACACAAGAGUAAAAAGUGGAUGGGAUUUGCUCUAUGCACAUCACUCGUUGUGGACAAGCAUACAGCAAAGGAGGAUUAUGUUGGUUCUUGCCGACUCCAAAGGGGCAGAUCUCAUGCCAUUGGAUUUAAUCUUACCCUGGACUUUAGACCCUUCAUGAUAGCUGAUGCACAUCAACUUUUGGUUUUUUAUUUACCGCGGGCAGUGAUUCCCCAACUGUUCAUUGAAGCAUCAUCAAGAGAAAUAUUCACUUCCUAUGAAACCGGUAGCCCUGGUGUUAAGGUUCAAAUUUGUGGACUUCGUAUUUUGUACAAGCAAGAUUUGCAAGGGUUUGUCCAAACAAUCACCCACUGCAUAUUACGCAGCUCAGGUGCCCCCUUUGAAGUUUACAAUAAACUGGUGGUAGAAGAUUGGUUAAGUUUGGUAAGGUUGCCGAGUCAUAAAUUCAAUGCUUCCCGAGAUUGUGAUUCCAGUACCCGCCAUAAAAGACAGUUUGAGUUGAUCUCUCAAAGCUAUAGAAAUAUGGACUGGUCUGUGGAAAACCUGUCAUGCACGUUCCCUGGAAUUGAAAUUCCUGAGUGGUUCAUAAAUGUGGAAAAAAGCGACUCCGCUAAAAUGCAACUAAAUGGUAAUUGGAUGGGAAUUGCAGUGUGUGCUUCUCUAUCGAUCCACGAGCAUCCGAAUAUCAUUUUUGACAAUCCGUAUGCAGAGUCUACUCGUCACGACAUUUUUUGUUAUCUAAAGGGCAAUAUUGCUUCUGCUGGUUCUCUCCGUUAUAAGUUUGAUACAGACAAAGAAAUGUGGAUGCAUCCAUGCAAUUUCAUUUGCUUUGUCUAUAUGCCACGGGCUUAUUUUCCUGAUUCAUGGAAUCAAUGUGAUACAAUCGAGGGAAGUAUUGGGUCUGACAGCUCAGGCUUUGGAAUUCACAAGUGUGCCCUUGGUCUAGUAUUUGAGGAGGAUGUGGAGGAUCUUGUACGAACGUUGACUUACUGCCACUUAUCAGCGCACUGUCGUCAGUGUGAAGAAGCACAAUAUCGUAGUCAAAAGAGUUGACAGGUUCUCCCCACGAAAAAGUCACUGAUGAUCAAACACAUGUUGUUCCUUAGUCCACAACUGGUGUCUCGUUUCUCGUGCUGUCAGCUGAAAUUCAACACUGGGUAUCGGAUGCUUUGAGAAUUCCUUCUUGCAGCUAUGCUUGAUGGGGGCUGCUGGCUGUAGUGCAGCUUUCUUUCAAUGUGAUGAGAGCCCCAUUUUCUUUCUUGACGUCUAUGGGUUUCUGGUACAAAUUGAGUCAUCGGAAGAUGUUUUCUGCUCCUCUGUUUCACAUUGUGAUUCAGUUUUCCCCUGCUUUGAGUUUUUCUUUGUCUGAGAUUUGCUGCGUGACACCCCAGCAGUCCAGCACUUAUGUGCAUCGCAGCUCUCUCCAGGUUGCUUUGUGUCCUUAUCAGUGUUUGAGGGUUUCUGAUGUAGUCUUCUUUUCCGUUUAUAAUUGUUAGCUCAGUGUUUGUUUGAUUUUUCUUGUUGUUUGGAGUAACUCAUCUCUUCUUGAGGGUUGAGGUUUACCUGUAUAAAGGAGAGCUACUUUAGUUAAAGUUCUGUACUUCUGCUUAUGAUGCUUGAUUGUGGAGUUUAUGUAAAUGCAGUAUACAUUGCAUGUCAGAAAUGUAUUAAAUUCUGUGAUUCUCUCA